UCCCAAAACCUUAGCGGACCUUGAUUUACGUUCUCAUGUCGUGUGGGAGACAUGGAGGAGAGGAGGGUAAAGUUGGUCUUGUUCUGCCUUUCCACGAGAGCAUGUGCUGGAUAGAAGAAAAUUGGCAGCGGUUUAAGCAUUUUUAAAAUGCAAGAAACACUCCGUAGAACUGGCUUGAACCAGCCAACUUCAGACUUGGAAGCAAGCACACCACCCGACUGCGACACACGGACAGUCGACCCUCGCUCCCGCAUCGCUACGCCCAUCCAACACGAGGCGGAGCCAACGCCUUUUGUAGAACAAUUGUGCAGGCUCCAAAGCCUCGGAAAACCGGAGAGACGCAUCUUGCCGGCUACAGUGGACACCCGUGCAUUGGGUGAUUCUGAAGCUAGAAGGGCAGCCAGAUGGCCUUCGCCCCGUCCUGACCCUCGUCCACUGUAAGCUCAGGGGAGAGCGGGAGCCAGGGAGGUGAAGUGCACAGACUCAGCAGAGGCGGCGGGCAGAACCGCGGGGGUGAGAGGGCGCGGUGGCUGCGGGGCGGGAGCCGCUGCUGAAGGGAGGCCUGGGUUGUCCGGAGGGUGACUGUCGGUGGAAUCUUUGGCGGAGAGUGGUUUGGAAGGAUGGCGACGGGUGAGCAGAGGGGAAGGUGGUGACCCUGAGCGUCCGGCCAGGGGAGAGGAGGCUGUACUGUUUCUCCUCUCCCCUUACCUGCCGGAGGACAGACAGUGGUCAGGAAGGGAGUUCUCCCUGGACUAGGCUAGUCCACCGCACUUCGGCUGCGCUGAUCCCUGCGAUUUCCCCACACGCGGGGCCCUCGUCUGCGGUGCUGUUCGUGCUCCCCUGCGGCUGGGUUCGCGCACUCACUCUCCUGACAAGCCUUGGCUCACCGCCGACGCGGAUAUCGCCGCCACAGACCCUUCCCACCCUCCUAGGGAUCUUGAGUGCGCUUCCUUAGAUGUGAGCUCUCUUUUACACGCUGAAUUUGGCUAUAGCAAAAAAGCCCUGACCAAGAGCUUGGGUUUCCUUCGGACCUGCACACAACUCCCCAACUCCCGCCUGCAACCGCGGCUCUUGGCUCGCCGGCUGGCAGCGUCCACCGAGCGUGGAACCGGGCAGCCGCAGCCCCCGCAGGCUGGCGGGCCGCCACUAGCAGGAGAAAGGACACAAGGCCUGCGUGGUGGAAAAGCAUGGGAGACGUCGCCUUCCUACGGGGCGAGAAGGUCUCCCUACAGUCUUUGGAGACCAGAUGGAUGGAGGUAUCCCUUUCAGGAACAAGGCGGCUGCUCCUGAGGCCUGACUCCGCACGGAGGCUCCUGGGUCCCGCGCACCCUCUCCCUACCCGCUGUAGCCAGAGCUGCUUCACACAUCUCAGCUGGCUUCCUCUUCCGCCUCUACCUCCUCUUCCUCCCCAGCCGUCCUUGGAACAGCAAGGCCCCCAGCCCGUGGGAAAGACCUAGCCUCCUCUCCAGCACUUGGAGAGGGAGUCGGAUAGAUGUCUCUUAACACCAGGAGGACAGAGACACCUUCCCUUGCUGCUUCUCUUGGCGCAGCCGGUCCAGGGGGCUGGCUCAGGGCCCAGGACUCCUUGCUCCUCCUGGAGGGCCUGGGUCGCGUGGCCCAGGAGCUGGCCACAUGGGCAUCUCCCGCACUGCUCCUCAGGGAACGGGAGGCAUUAUCCUGCAGGGCCCAUUCUUACCCAUGAAAGACGCUCGGGAAAUGCUCCCACGGAAGCCGGAGCUCUGCGCGUUUGACCACUUCGAAGUUAAGUUUCCGUCCGCCCAUCCUUCCUUCGGAGGGUCUGGGGGGAGAGGAGAAAUGCCCGAGGACGAUGCGCUUUGCAGCGUCUCAGCCGAGACCAGAGGAAAGCAGGGCGCGUCUUCCUGGAAGAAGGUGGCCCGAGGCCUGCGGUCGCAGGGAGGCUCGCGGAGCAGGAGCGCCCUCUCUCCGCCGAGCUAUCCAGCGGCUUGCAGCAUCCCACCUGGCGGACUCCUCUUCUUCUCGCUUCUCCUACUGCGGGUCUUCUAUCCUGGUGUUCCUUGAAUGCCUAUCUUCCUUUUGUGCCUCGGAACCUCUCACGCCCGCCACAAGUUACUGAUUUCCUUGGUUGUUCUGAACUUUAAAUAAGGUAAUGCAUGCAAGAGUGCCAUAAAUGCUCAGUAAUUGUCAUGUUAUUAUUUUCAUCAGUAACAUCAUCUGAAUCAUCAGUAUUGUCUUUUUAACAGCUGCGUUUUUCAUCGUCCGUAUAUAGUCACAUACAUUUGAACAUUUUGUAAUUAUUGAGUAAUAAAUUCGUUCUGCUAUUUUACAAUAAAAAACAAUGCCGCAGAACGUAUUCUUACACAUAUAUCUUGGCAGAUGUAGGACAGAGGCUCUUCUUUUACCCAUCCUGUGGCCAGCCUAUCAAUGUAUACACCUUUAAUGCGAUUUUGCCAGCAGUCAAAGCCUUCAGGGAAAAUGUCCCUAGCUCUUUACCACAUCGGAUCAAGGACUCUGGACAAUUGGCACAACAUCCUGGAAUCGCUGAAACGGAGAUACUAUUCUCUGCUGUUCUCUGUUGACUGUGUCUUUUCACAACGUCUUAAUGACAGUGCUGGCGGCAAGA